UUUUCGGACCCAAAAUCCCAAACCAGCAAAACAAAGGAAAGACGAUUUCAAGCGUCGUCUAAGGAAUCGAUAGGAGCUCCUCCCCUCUCUAGUGCCUUUGUCUCCUCCUCUUCCUCCCUCUACAUCUUGCAAAAUCCAAUCCAAACCAAACCCUAGCCUGCUCCACUUCCAGAUCUCUCUCCCUCGCAUGGCCGCACGACCUCCCGCCCCUGCCCCCACCCCCACCCCCACCCCCAUCUAGCCCCACGCCAGAUCGCCCAGCUCCGCCCCGCCCCCCCGGCCAUGGAGGGCCCCCCGCCUCCGCCGCCGCCCGACUCAUGGGAGACCGCCGACCUCGACGAGCCCAUGAGCCGCCUCCUCCUCUCCUCCACCCGCCGCGUCAACUCCUCGCCCGACCUCGCCGACGACGACCCGCCCCACGAUUCGGUUGACCAGCUCGAUCAGUUCCUCCGGGAGGCGCUCGAGAAGCCACGGGAGCGCCUCUCUGUGCUAAGGAUGGAGCAAGACAUUUUGAAGUUCAUUCAUGACCCUAGGCAGACACAGUUUGAAUUCCAUGGUCUUCCAACUUCUUACCUGCGUCUCGCUGCGCAUCGGCUGGCACAGCAUUAUUUCCUCCAGUCAAUUGCUCUACAAGAUAACGGCCUUCCUGAUGGAUCUGGUUCUCGUAUCAUCCUUCGUAAAACAUCAUCCGAGUGCCGGUUGCCUGCUGUGCGCCUAUCAGACAUUCCAGUUAAUCUGCCACAAGACGAGAGCAACUCUGUAGCCAAAGUGGCUAUCAAGCAAAGGCCUCAGAAGCACUACCAUGGCAAUUCCAGUGCAGGUGCUCACUCUUCUAGAGCCAACCUCCAGAAAAGUGUCGAAGAAAGAAAGGAAGAAUACAAUAAGGCACGUGCUCGGAUAUUUAAUAACAGUACCAGAAGCAAUGCUGCUGAUGGUAGAUCAGGUGACGAAGUUGCUUUGCCAAACACUCUCCAUAGGUCCAGUUCCUUGGAGUUAAGCUCAGGCAACAGGCUAGGUGAAGGGCCUGAAAUUACCCUUGAAAGGAGUUUGACUAAUACGUCGUCUAGCAGCAGGUCAAAUAGAAACAAGGCUGAGAAGGAUCCUGCAAUUAAUAGAAACAGGCAAAACAACAGGGUGGCAAUCUUUCGAGACCGUGAGUCAGAUCGCAAGGAUCCUGAUUAUGACAGAAGCUAUGACAGGUAUAUGCAAAGAUUUGAUCCUGGAUUUGGAUUUAACGGAGGUUCAUACACUAUUCAACCUUUGUAUGCCCCUGCUGUUAACUACAACACUGAGUUCCCUCAACUUGGGUCACACGGAUCUCCAGUUCCUGUUGAACAGCAGCCUCAGCCAAUAGCACAGCAUAUUCCUGGGCCCUGGUCACCGGCUCAAUCGCCUAAUGCGAUUGGGUACAGACCUCCAGACGGUGCCAUGCCACCACCUUACAGUCCUGGUCAUGCUGGCGCUCCCAUUAGGUCAUCUAUUUUCAUGCAUACUCCACAACAAUAUGCUUUGCCUUCACGGCCAGGAGUCACAUAUGUACAUCCACAGGAACCCAUGCGACCAUUCGCACAGACUCACCAACAACAACCUGAAGCUAGUUUGCGCUUAGCCCGGCCCCGAUGAGGGGCCUGGGCAUGCCUGCACCAUGCCAGCGUGCUCCCAACAUGUAUAUUGGAUGUCAUACCCGAUUCAUUUCUUGCUGGCAGAUGGUAGCAGGCAUAAAAGAGCCGAGAAGCACAGGUCUGAGCUAAUCAGUCUACCCAAUCUUGUCAGGAUCUGUGGUUCUUGGUGUUGUUGCAUCUUGCACAUUGAGGUGCAGGUUAGGCACCUUAUUCCUUCUGGAAGUGCGGUCUCUUGCAUGGAUCACGAGUCCAAUGCAUAGAAGAAAGUGAAAAUGCAGGGCAGAACAGUCAUGGCUGGCAUUGAUCGGUGCUGUGCUGCUGUUCUUGGCAGUUUGGUUUUGAGAUCAAGGAGGGACACAUCACCCCCCUGAAGUCAAGCACGCUGUGUGGGUGAUGAUGGAUGAGAAGAGAAUCGGUACAUCUAAUGUAUGGAUAUUUGUUGAGGACAUGCUGCUCGGUCGCACAAGGCACUUCCCUUGUUGGUUGCUGAAGCUUGGCCUUCCCCCUGAAGUGGCGUCAGAUUGACUGGAGCGAAAAUGCACCGCUGUAGUCCUCAGAGUGACUCUAAGCCCCUCGCUGAGGCAUAGUCACAUAUGUCUGUUGUAGAUCAUUACCGUUGUAGUUAAUAGUUGAGUAAUCCAACCUGUUCCCAAGUAUGUAACUCUAGGAAGUUAAAACACUAUACUAAGCUCGAUUGGACUGGCAAUUGUACUAGUAA